CUCCGCCAUCUUAUGAGCGCCCGGCUCGGCGCGGACGCAGUGCGGCUCGCGCCUAGAUCGCCGUUGGUUCCGCAGCCCCCAGCGCCGCAGACAUGCCGGCCGGACCGGUGCAGGCGGUGCCGCCGCCGCCGCCGGUUGCCACGGAGCCCAAGCAGCCCUCAGAAGAAGAAGCUUCCAAAGAGGACUCUACUCCUUCCAAGCCUGUUGUGGGAAUCAUCUACCCACCUCCUGAGGUUAGGAAUAUUGUGGACAAGACCGCCAGCUUUGUAGCCAGAAAUGGUCCUGAGUUUGAAGCCCGUAUUCGCCAGAAUGAAAUCAAUAACCCUAAAUUCAACUUCCUCAACCCGAAUGACCCGUACCAUGCCUACUAUCGGCACAAAGUCAGCGAGUUCAAGGAGGGGAAGGCGCAGGAGCCCUCGGCCGCCAUCCCCAAGGUCAUGCAGCAGCAGCAGCAGGCCGCUCAGCAGCAGCUGCCUCAGAAGGUCCAGGCCCAGGUGAUCCAGGAAACCAUCGUGCCCAAGGAGCCUCCUCCAGAGUUCGAGUUCAUCGCCGACCCCCCCUCCAUCUCAGCCUUUGAUCUCGAUGUGGUGAAGCUGACCGCACAGUUUGUGGCCCGCAAUGGGCGCCAGUUCCUAACCCAGCUGAUGCAGAAGGAACAGCGGAAUUACCAGUUUGAUUUCCUGCGUCCCCAGCACAGUCUCUUCAACUACUUCACCAAGUUGGUGGAGCAGUAUACUAAGAUCUUGAUUCCACCAAAAGGUUUAUUUACAAAACUCAAGAAGGAGGCAGAGAACCCUAGAGAAGUUUUGGAUCAGGUGUGCUACCGUGUGGAGUGGGCCAAGUUUCAGGAGCGGGAGAGGAAGAAAGAAGAGGAGGAAAAAGAGAAGGAGCGGGUGGCAUAUGCACAGAUUGACUGGCAUGACUUUGUGGUGGUGGAAACCGUGGACUUCCAGCCCAAUGAACAAGGAAACUUCCCACCUCCCACCACCCCAGAGGAGCUGGGCGCCCGAAUCCUCAUCCAGGAGCGCUAUGAGAAGUUUGGGGAGAGUGAGGAAGUGGAAAUGGAGGUGGAGUCUGAUGAUGAAGAUGAGAAGCAGGAGAAGACGGAGGAGCCCCCAUCCCAGCUGGACCAGGACACCCAAGUGCAGGACAUGGACGAGGGUUCUGAUGAUGAAGAGGAGGGCCAGAAAGUUCCCCCUCCUCCAGAGACACCCAUGCCUCCACCACUCCCACCUACUCCAGAUCAGGUCAUCGUCCGCAAAGACUAUGACCCCAAAGCUUCCAAGCCCCUGCCCCCAGCCCCAGCUCCAGAUGAGUAUCUCGUGUCCCCCAUCACUGGGGAGAAAAUUCCAGCCAGCAAGAUGCAGGAGCACAUGCGCAUCGGGCUUCUGGACCCGCGCUGGCUGGAGCAGCGCGACCGCUCGAUCCGGGAGAAGCAGAGCGACGACGAGGUCUACGCCCCAGGUCUGGAUAUCGAGAGCAGCCUGAAGCAGCUGGCCGAGAGGCGUACUGAUAUCUUUGGUGUGGAGGAGACGGCCAUCGGUAAGAAGAUCGGUGAGGAGGAGAUCCAGAAGCCAGAGGAGAAGGUCACCUGGGAUGGCCACUCGGGCAGCAUGGCCCGAACCCAGCAGGCAGCCCAGGCCAACAUCACUCUUCAGGAGCAGAUUGAAGCCAUCCACAAGGCCAAGGGGCUGGUGCCAGAAGAUGACAGCAAGGAAAAGAUCGGCCCCAGCAAGCCCAAUGAGAUCCCUCAGCCACCCCCUCCGUCUUCAGCUCCCAACAUCCCCACCUCAGCCCCUCCCAUCACCUCAGUGCCCCGGCCUCCCUCGAUGCCACCUCCUGUCCGAACCACAGUCGUAUCUGCUGUGCCUGUCAUGCCACGGCCCCCAAUGGCCUCGGUGGUCCGCCUGCCUCCUGGCUCAGUGAUUGCCCCCAUGCCGCCCAUCAUCCAUGCUCCUCGCAUCAAUGUGGUGCCCAUGCCACCCUCUGCUCCACCCAUCAUGGCACCGCGGCCACCUCCCAUGAUUGUGCCAACGGCAUUUGUGCCGGCCCCACCAGUGGCGCCAGUCCCAGCACCGACCCCUAUGCCUCCUGUCCACCCCCCACCGCCCAUGGAGGAUGAGCCCGCUUCCAAGAAACUGAAGACAGAAGACAGCCUUAUGCCCGAGGAAGAGUUUCUGCGGAGGAACAAGGGGCCAGUCACCAUCAAGGUUCAGGUCCCUAACAUGCAGGACAAGACUGAAUGGAAGCUGAAUGGGCAGGUGCUGGUCUUUACCCUUCCACUGCCAGACCAGGUCUCUGUCAUCAAGGUCAAGAUCCAUGAGGCCACUGGCAUGCCUGCCGGCAAGCAGAAGCUGCAGUAUGAGGGCAUCUUCAUCAAAGAUUCCAACUCCCUGGCAUACUACAAUAUGGCGAACGGUGCUGUGAUCCACCUGGCACUCAAGGAGAGAGGCGGGAGGAAGAAAUAGAGCUGCCCAGAGGAGCAUAUUUGGCCCCUGUGGGUUUUGUGUCCCCAGACUCAGAAAAGAAGACCCAGUUCACCUCGUUGGACUGUCCGGGCAGUGCCAAGCAGCCCCUGCCCAGCAGCCCCACAUGUUGUUAUGGCCAUAGAGCCCAUGGACCUCACCCCUGGUUGUCCUGUAACCCUCUGCUCCUCUUCAAGGAAGCAGACAUCACCACACUGCCCCUGAGGCCCCGAGCCCCUCCUCUGGCUCUCCAGACAGCUGGGGGAGGCGAGGGGUGGGGAGGAGUAGCACAUUGUAGUUUUCCAGUCUUUUGUUGUGAAGGUUACAUGUUACUUAAUUUUAAUUAAACUCUUGCUUCAGUCAAA